AGAGGUGCAGAGUGCAGAGUUGGUCCCGGGACGAUGCAGCUUCCGCCUCUCAGUUCCUGCCCUUUUGCAACCCAGCCUCCAACUUCUUGCAAACUUUUGCAAAGUUUGCAGGGCAAGGUCUCUUGGGCGGGCAAGCAGACACGGGAGGCAAGCUGAUUCUCUCCAAGCUCCCUUUUUUGAAGGGAUCACGGAAGAUCGACGCAAGCAUCCGCCCACCCCCCGGACCGAAGCAUUAACCCGCCGACCCUGCCUGGCCUCAUCAAACCUGUCGGCUCUGGGGAUGACCGCCUCGCUUCUGCACCCACGCCGUCCCUCCGAGGCGUAAGAUGCUCCUCCGCCACCGAGGCGGUGCUUCCGUAGAUUGUUGGGAAAGAUGGCGGAGAGGGCCAAUGGGCCUCCGAGCAUGGAAGGGAUCUUUGGAAUCCUAGCUCAGAUCCCGCGGGACAAGCUGGUCUGGUACAAGCAUGAAUUGGCCCACAGGCCGCAUGACCGGAGGAUCUGCCGUCUGCUGCGCGCCAUGAUCCUGCUGACCUUGAGGGAAGAGGCGGAGGCCCGAGAGAGCCUGGACGCUUUGGGUUACGACCUGGUGGCGGCCCAUAUCUACCGAAGCCACUGGGGCAGCUCGUUGGCGAGCAAGGCCAACUUCGCUCCCCCCCAACCAGACCCAGAGGUGGCGCUGGCGGUGGCUCGGAUCUACUCGCUUCUGGCGGAGGAGAAACUGUGCCAGCCCCCGGCCAGAGACGAGGCCUACCGGGUUGCGGUCCGAGCUUUUCAGAUGAGCGGUGCGGACACAGACCAGCUAAAGAGCCUCUCGGAUGAAACGCAGGAGAAAUGUGGGGUGGGUUUCACUGCCCUGCUCUCAGGAGAUCAUGGUGGUGGGUCCCCAUCCCUGCCGGUGGGAAGCCACCCGGGGCUGAUCCCAAGCUCCUUAGAUCCCCGCUCGUUGCGCUCCACCGGCACCCCGCUCUCCUUUGUCAGUCACUUUGAGAUUAGCCCGGCCACGACCAUGCAGUGUGGCACCGGUUCAGACCGAGGGCCCAGCGCCGGGACCGGUGCGGUCGGUGGAAACACCUCCGCUCGCCUGGGAUCAGCUGGUGAAGGGGAAGCUGGCCUUGAGCCACCCGCCCAGCACGGCUCCUAUAUGAAAGACACCAAGCCAGAGAACACAAGUACAGGCAAUUUCAAAAGCAACCCGCCCUGUUUGCCAGGUCCAAGUCACCCUCAAGCGGCCCGGUCUGCGGAGGGAGACGCUCAGCGCCCGAUGCAUGGCACGGAGCCCCCAAACGCCGUUGCCACAGGGCCGCAGGCUCCCAACAAAGGUCUCCCAGAAAAUCUGGGCAACCCCUCUGUGCCACAGUCCGGCUUGCCCAACCCUGCAAGGUGGUCCCCGGCCUCGACUGACGGUCCCUCUGCCCCGAUUCCAAAGAAGGGGGAAGCUGAACCGCAAGAUUAUCCCGGCUCUGCCCCCUCGCCACAUCCGCCCGGCUCCUCGCUGGGGGCUCCAGCGGGGGACGAGAGCCAGUUCUUUAGCUUUGUGGUCCUGCACGCUGGCGAAGAUGAGGAGGUGGCCUGCCGGGUGAAGAAUGAGCUGGAACGCCUGGGUGUCUCUGACGGAGCCACGUACAGCGAAGAUUUCCUGGUGCCAGGACACUGCCCGCUCGGCUGCUUCCAAAAUGCUCUGGACAACUCGGCCUUCACCCUCCUGCUCCUGACGGAGAACUUCCAGAGCCGGUUGUGCGCCUACCAGACCAGCGUGGCCCUGAUGGACUCCUUCCAGCGCUUAUGCAAAAGAAACACGGUCAUCCCGUUUGUUCCCAAGGAGAACCCGAUCCCACUCAAGGAGAUGCCCACCCUGCUGGCCGGGCUGGUCGCCAUGGACGAAAACUCCCCCGUUUUCAGAAAGAGGGUCCAGAACACCUUCACCGCAAGGGCGAUCCAAGAGAAGAAAGCUAUGUGGAGCACUCUGCGCCGGGCCCAAGAAAUCCGCCGACAACGGGAACGGGAGCACGAGUACCAGCAGAUGCUGAGACGUCUCUCUGAGCUCAGCCCCAACGAGCGCCUUCGGGCACCACUGGGGGGCUUUCCGGGAUUCCAGGAUCCCUCUGGAUCCCCGCCGCCACCAGCCUUUGCGGCUACGCCGUUCCCUGCUCCCAGGAUGGGCCAGCCUCCCGAUCAUCCCUCUCUGACUCAGCCGUGGAUGCUCUCCCUGGGCUCCGGCGGGCCUCAGCCCCAGUUCAUCAUCCAGAACGCUCAGAUGAUCCAGAUCGGAGACUAUAACCGCAUGCAGGCGGACAGGAUCGACCCAACGCUCAGCACAGCGGAUGAAGACGGUGGAGAGGACUGAGGGGUGGAAGGCCGUGUCAGGGAGGAGACAUGGCGGCUGAAAAUUAAGGGCUCUUUCUACGACUUCUCUCUUCCUCUUCCUCCACCAAUGCUACUGAGGAUCAAACCUAGGAUCCUGCCUUGUGAAACAGGUCCCCUCCUUUCCAAAUUGACUCAGGACUUCAGCUGGAUUGCUUGGCUGCCUUGCACCGCCUGCUCUGACCGGCAGCUGCUCUUCCUUCCAGAAUCUCAGGUGGGACAGAUUCUUUCCUGUUUCUUCCAGUUCCGUUUUCGGGCAAUUUAAAAAAACAUACUCUGUAGGGUGGCAAAUGAGUCCCACCAUCUACCACAGCGAGGCAUGCAGCUUCCUCUCGUGGCCAGCAGGUCUCCUGAUGUGUGAAGCAGAGCAAUCCGGCGGCUUUUCCCAAAAAUGGCAGAACUUGAACCCAGCUCUGUGUGCUCUUUUGCCGAGCAAUCAUCUCUUCUCAUCCUGACCCAAGAAAAAGCUGGCCUCCUGCUAUUCUUCCUCCUUGGCUACAAAAGUCUGUCUAAUAAUGAAAACUUUCUUUAACAACACAAAUCAGGACAAAGGAUCCAGAGAGCCUCUCCGAUUAAUUGACCAAUAAAACUCCUUCACUGUGGGCCAAACGUUUGCUGAAGCCCAAGGAAAAGUUGCAGUCCUGGGCCAGCUUAUGCAGGCAGACGCGAAUGGGCCUGCUCGUGAGGAGGCCUGUGUUGCAAGAGGUGGUCUCUGCACAACCAAGAGGUACUCGUUCACUACCAGUUUCACUGCCACGGCUCCAUGGAUAAAAGGAGUCCUGGAGUUUCUAGCAUAGUGAGCGAUUCGCAUUUCUAACAAAUCCCCUCGAAUUCUUGGCGAAGUACAACUCUCAGGAUCCCCCAGGAUCGGAGCCAGGACUUUGGCACCAAAUGGAUACAACUGUGAAGUGCAGACACACCAGGUCCAUCUUGCAACCGUGCAGGCGGAGUGGAUCCUGAAGACAGCGUUGGGUUUAUGGCCACAACUAACGGACUUUCCUAAGAGAAAGCAACCCUCCGCCCUCACCCAGGGCAAGGGUGUGCAUGCACCUGAAGGCUUAGUUGUUCGGGGUGGAUCUUCAAACCCUACGCCUUCCAGACGUAAUCCUAUAGCAGAAGAGGGGGUCCCUCUAUGCAAACCACUCGAAAAAUCAAACCUUAAACGCAAGGUUUCACAAAUAAUAUUCGCUUCCUCGGCCUGAAGAGGAGAAGAAUCACGAACCAAAGUCCCCACGUGGCCGUAUCAUUCUUAAAAUAUCAUCCUCUACCACUCUUCGCUAGACAUGGGGACGUAGUCUACUGGCCCUUUGCUAAAAUGCAUUGGACUUCCAACAGCCAGCCUCACUAACCACUGGUCCUGCUGGCCAUCGGCAAUUGUGAGGCUGGCAACUGGUGGAGGCUUGGGGUGGGACAGGGCUUCGUUUAAAGGUGGCUGAUACAUCCUUUUACAACCAAGGCCGGCGGUGAAGCAUGGAGGCUAGAAGCUUUUCAAAUGUGAAAAAUUGUGCAAUGAUAAUAGUGGGUGUUUAACAUCUCAUUUAGAAGAAAUAUGUUGUUUCAAUAAAAGACCUAACUUCUCUUUUUUUCUGAA